AGACAGACAGAAAACAGGGAAAGGGAAAUCAGCGAGGGUAUAUAGAGGCAGAGAAUGAUAAAGUGAGGGUCACGCAGGUUUAAAGAGGGACGGCACACAUUUCUGAGACGUCUGGUUCAGGAUGGACACCAUGAUGCUGCAGGAGAAACUGGUGGAGAAACUUCUGUGUCCCCGAACCAGAACCACCAGACAGAAGGACAAGCAGUAUGUUGGCUUCGCUACGCUUCCUAAUCAGGUCCACAGGAAGUCGGUGAAGAAGGGCUUUGACUUCACUCUGAUGGUGGCAGGUGAAUCUGGAUUGGGAAAGUCUACUCUAGUAAACAGCCUCUUCCUCACAGAUCUCUAUAAAGACAGAAAAUUACUAAAUGCUGAAGAGCGUAUUAAUCAGACGGUAGAGAUCACCAAACACACGGUCGACAUCGAGGAGAAAGGAGUCAAACUCAAACUCACCAUUGUGGACACGCCAGGGUUUGGAGAUGCAGUCAAUAACAAUGAAUGUUGGAGGCCCAUCACAGACUACAUCGACCAGCAGUUUGAGCAGUACUUCAGAGACGAGAGUGGACUGAACAGAAAGAACAUAUUAGACAACAGAGUGCACUGCUGCCUGUACUUCAUCCCGCCGUUUGGACACGGUUUGCGGCCGGUGGACGUGGAGUUCAUGAAGGCUCUGCAUGAGAAAGUGAACAUCAUUCCUCUGAUCUCUAAAGCGGACUGUCUCACUCCUAAUGAGGUCAAAAAGCUGAAGGACAGGGUGCGAGACGAGAUCGAGCGCUUUGGGAUUAAAGUGUAUCAGUUUCCCGAGUGUGACUCUGAUGAAGAAGAGGAGUUCAAACAGAUGGACAAAGAGCUGAAGGAGUGCACUCCGUUUGCUGUCAUUGGCAGUAAUACAGUGGUGGAGGCCAGAGGUCAAAGGGUCAGAGGUCGUCUUUACCCCUGGGGUAUCGUGGAAGUGGAGAAUCAGUCUCACUGUGACUUUGUGAAACUGAGGAACAUGCUGAUUCGCUCUCACAUGCACGACCUGAAAGACGUGACGUGCGACGUGCACUACGAAAACUACCGAGCCCACUGCAUCCAGGAGAUGACCAGUAAACUGGCGCAGGAUAACCGUACAGACAGUCCACUACCCAUCCUGCCUCUGCCCACACCAGACGUGGAGACGGAGAGACUCAUUAAGAUGAAGGAUGAAGAGCUGAAGAGAAUGCAGGAGAUGCUGGAAAAGAUGCAACAACAGAUGCACGAGAAAGACCAGUGAUGCUGACACACACACACAC